ACCAGCCAUAACCCAGCCAAGACAGCUGCAGAUCUCCAGAUCUUCAUUAUCCCUGCCAGAGCCAAGACUGUAAUUCAACAACACCAAUCCAGCAAUAUUAUGAACCGCUCACGAUAUGUACCGCAGCAGUCUGCAUAUACCGCUGCUCAGUUCCAGCCGUUUGGUCCCGGACCUGUACCAACCCCAGCCCAGAUGCCAGGCAUGAUCCCGAUGGGAUACCCACAGCAACAGAUGUUCGGUGGCAGCCCGAACCCAAAUGCCAUGGGCGCUUCGCCAAUACUCCAGCAACAGCAAGCCAUGUCUCCAAACGCUCUGUGGGCAGCCAACUUUGCCAAUGGGCCGAUUAUUGAGGAUCUUUGUGCGCCUCCACAGAUGGGACUGCCAACCUCGCCACCCAUGAACGCCCUUCCACCUCGGGGCAUGCCAAUGGGCGCAGCAAUUCACCCGUCAUCCAUGCCGCAGGUACAGAAUGUGUUUGGCCUCCGUCAACCAGGAACACCACAUCCAGGACACGGUUUUGCGCCGAUGAUGCCGGGAGUGCCCAGCUCGCAUGGUUGGAUCGUACCCUCCAGGUUAUGCUGCCCAGCCACAAGGAAUUGCCAAGAAUGUGAGCCUGGGUUUGCUACGGGAGGGAAUGGUACCGAGCAGAUGGGGUCGCCGUCGAUGGGGAAUUCGCCAGGUGCGCAGCCGUUGACGCCGGUGGAGAGUACGUUACAGGGUUUCAUGUCGCCUGAUUCGAUCUAG